CUAAGCUGUGCGCGGGCAAGAAGCUGACCUCGCUCGACGCUGAUAACUCCAGGCAGGCCCAAGCCAUAAUACGGUAUGACAUUCUCUUUGCACCGCAGCUGCAGGUGCAACCUAGUGCAACGGCUCUGAACGGGUAGCAGUCAAGCAGUGCACGGGCCACAGCCAUGCACAAGCAACACGUGAGACUUGCACGCACCAUAACGACAGCCCAAGUACAUAAUGCAUCAUCUGGUGUCCAAGCCACCCUCUAGUCCCAUCCCCGGCCCAAUCCUCAUCCUAUUCCUCAUCUGCGCCCCUAGCUCCGCCAUCUCUUUGAUCUUGGCCUCCAUGCUCUGCUGCAUCUCAGCCGGCGCCCUCGACAGCACCCACUCCAGCCGCACGCGCCGGACUAACUAACCUGGGACUGUCUGGCCGGAAAGCCCGCCGGCAUUGCAGGUUUGCGGGGGGGAGGGGCGCACGCCCUGUUGCAGCUGGCAGCGGAGCGACCCAGCACUCCGAGCAGCAUUCGGCACAGCGUAGUGUCACGCAAUCCUACGUGCUGACGCUGUCCCCGCGUGCCCCGUUGGUUCUGCGGGUACAAUCCGGCAUCCGGUGCUUAGUGCGUUCCGAAAGCUCAAGCAAGCUUGUCUUGACUUGAGCUCUUCGGCCUUGCAGUCUGGUUAGCGUUUACAGAGUCAUAGACCACCGCCAAUAACAACAGCAGAGCCCCGCUAGGCGGCUGUCAUUGUAACAUUCGUCGGGC